AAAACAACUAAAUACAGCAAAGACCGUGUGUGUAAACAGACACUCCGUGGCCUCUUUCGAUUUUUAUUCGUUUCGCAGUGCGCUGCUUGUUAAAGCGCAGACGCGGAUCGCUUACAACGCAGUCGUCGUCGUAGUGCGUGUAUGCUACUGCAUAUGCAUCCUUGAGUACGUAACUUUUCCUUUUACACUUUCGUACCAUGGAUGCUUUCAAGUGCGAUUGCGUUUCUCAACUGGUUAUUCACCAAUGAACGACUGACAUCUCGUAAACAUAACCUCAAUAAUGCUGUCAGAGGUUGAUGUGUUCAUAAGCAAUUACACUUUGGUUGAUCCGGAAAUUUAUCAACUUUGGGUCGAUGGAAUUUCGUCCAGUGACGCAGUUAGUCUUCUACAACAGAGAGGAGUAUGUCAACAAACGAAUACGCCAGUCGAACUCCUUGCUUCAGAUGUUCUGGACCAUUAUCGUACUUAUUCUCUUCUUGAGAAGCUACUGCACACUCCAACGAAACUUGCGUGUGAACAGCUGGCCUUUCAGAUAGAGCCACAAACUAGUCAAAUGUUGAUUGAAAUGUACUAUGAAUUUAACGAUAGUGUAGCUAGAGAACUGCUUGGUAAAAAGCUUGUCUCAAAGAAUAGAAAGGAGCUGGAAGAAGUAUCUGAAAAGACUGGAGUCAGUUUAAGGAGUUGCCGUAGACAAUUUGACAAUUUUAAAAGAAUAUUUAAAGUUGUUGAGGAUUUGUCUGGUUCCCUAGUUAUGAAUAUAAAACAGCAUUUUUUACUUCCUGAAGAAUUAGCUAAGAGAUAUGCAGCGGUCGUGUUCAUUAUGUGUCUAAGAUUUGAAAUGACUAAACGAAAGCUCCAAUAUUUAACUUUCCCUGAUCUUCUUCAUUGUGCCAUUAGUAUGAUGAGUAAUUGGACUUACCGAUAUACUGGUUCUGAAUAUUUUGAUACAGAUCUUGAUAGAGAAUUUUUGUUAGAAUUGCCAGAAUGUAGAAUACUCUUAGAAAAUGAAAAGCACCAUAAACACUUAGUAUGUAUUAAAUUGAAACCUUUGCUAUUAGAAAGAGUAUAUCAAGAAGUAGAUGCAAACUUCAGAACGUAUUCAAGAGCUAUAAUAGGCAUAGCUUGCAAUCUACAUCGUACGCGGGAAUUAAGAUUUUUCUUCUUAGAGCUAGUAGAACGAUGUAUUGAGCCAUGGAAACAAGUCAAUUGGUCACACACGGACCUUCGUAAUUUUCUCGGGGCAUUUACACAAUGUGCACUCGAUAUGGACGUACUAAGGGAAGCCGAAGUGAGAGAUGCGUUCGAACGUUUCAUGAAGGUGGUAACGUGUUGUUUAUUGCGCAUGUAUCACACAUGACAAUUAAAUCCAGAGAAACUUGAUUUGGAGAAGCAAAGCAUACAGAAUAUAGAAUUUAU